GCGGGCUCCGGCCCCGCGGCUGCGCUCCCGGCGCCCUCGCCGCUGCGGGCAGUGCCCGUGUGUGUGGGUGCACGGUUUGUAUUUGUUCCCGGAGAGCACAACCCCGGAGGACCUCCCGAGCCCGCCCGCGUCCCCCGGCUGACCUCGAGGCCCGCCCCCUUCUCUCGGCAGCCUGCGGCGUAGGCCGGAGCCGCCAUGGCGCCGCCCCCAGGCCCGGCUGCCCUCCCGCGCUCGCUGCUGCUCCUGCCAGCCCUUCUGAGCUCAGGUUGGGGGGAAUUGGCACCGCAAAUUGAUGGUCAGACCUGGGCCGAGCGGGCUCUCCGGGAGAAUGAGCAGCACGCCUUCACCUGCCGCGUGGCAGGGGGUUCUGGAACCCCGCGAUUGGCCUGGUACCUGGACGGACAGCUGCAGGAGGCCGGCACCUCCAGACUGCUGAGCGUUGGCGGGGAGGCCUUCUCGGGAGGCACCAGCACCUUCACUGUUACUGCCCAGAGGGCCCAGCAUGAGCUUAACUGCUCCUUGCAGGACCCCGGCAGUGGCCGGUCAGCCAACGCUUCUGUCAUCCUCAAUGUGCAAUUUAAACCAGAGAUUGCCCAGGUCGGGGCCAAAUACCAGGAUAGUCAGGGCCCAGGCCUCCUGGUUGUCCUUUUUGCCCUGGUGCGUGCCAACCCACCUGCCAAUGUGACCUGGAUCGACCAGGAUGGGCCAGUGACCGUCAACACUUCCGACUUCCUGGUGCUGGAUGCCCAGAACUACCCUUGGCUCACCAACCACACCGUGCAGCUGCAGCUCCGCAGCCUGGCACACAACCUCUCCGUGGUGGCCACCAACGACGUGGGUGUCACCAGCGCCUCGCUUCCCGCCCCGGGGCUUCUGGCCACCCGAGUGGAAGUGCCACUGCUGGGCAUCAUCAUGGCCGGAGGGCUUGCCCUGGGCGCCCUGGUGGGGUUCAGCACACUGGUGGCCUGCCUGGUCUGCAGGAAAGAGAAGAAGACCAAAGGCCCUUCCCGGCGCCCGUCUCUGAUCUCUAGUGACUCCAACAACCUGAAACUCAACAACGUGCGCCUGCCCCGGGAGAACAUGUCCCUCCCGUCCAACCUCCAGCUCAACGACCUCACUCCGGAUUCCAGAGCAGGGAAACCAGCCGACCGGCAGAUGGCUCAGAAUAACAGCCGGCCAGAGCUGCUGGACCCGGAGCCCGGUGGCCUCCUCACCAGCCGAGGUUUCAUCCGGCUCCCGAUGCUGGGCUAUAUCUAUCGAGUGUCCAGUGUGAGCAGUGAUGAGAUCUGGCUCUGAGCAGGGUGAGAUGGGGGGGUGCCCUCUUGGCUCCUGCCCCCCCCCUUCUCUAAGGCAACCCCUGCCUGGCCCUGUUGCCAUUGUGAAGAGGUCAUGCCACUCCUACUUUAGCUUGUCCUGGCUGGGGCGCCCUCUGUGUCAUCCAAGUGGGACCUGACCCUCAGGGGCACAGGUGUCUUGGCAGAGCCACCAGCUGGACCUCAGCCUGUUGUUCUGACUCGGGUUGGGGGCCUUCACUGCUUGUGCCCCUGCGGAUGGAGCUCUCUGUCCGCGUGUUUGCAGGUCCUCCAGCGUCUGGGUGUGGUGUGGCCCUGCUGGCCUGGGGCUGCUCUGUGCCACACACUGGUACUCUUAGCACUCUGCACAGCAGGCAUGGGGCAUGCCCAGAUGGGGGACG